CGGAGACUGGAAGCUGCACCUCAGCAGUUUGCUUGCGGAGUUUUCUUGCGCAAGACGGUUGCUGUGGAGCAGCAAGAGCCCGGAGGAUGCGGAGCGGAGCGGAGAAGAACGAGGAGGAGCACCUGGGGAAUUAGGAGAAGGAAGGCUCUUCCACCUGUGAGGGACAUCCUCGCCCCUCCUGAGUCCUGUCCAAAAUGACCCUGAGGAGCUCGCCGACAACGUGGGGUCGUUCACACUGAUCCGUCCUCGCUCGAUUCAUCUGCCAGGGACCCGAUGGGUGCGCGGAUGAUGCGGCAGAGAAAGCUGCGCUCUGAAGAGCACGUUGCUGGAAGAACUUGUUCGGCCGGUGCGCGGCGCCCCGCGAGCACGCGCUGCAGGUGCUCAGCCUCCGCCAACUUUGUCUAAAAAAAAAAAAAAAAGAAAAAAAAAAAAAGUUGUCUGCAUGGAGUUUUAAGAUGAACCUCUCCGGCCCGGUCAAUGCGAGCCAUGGUGGGAUCUACUCGCUCAACAUCUCCUUGGCGGAGCAACUUUCGGGCAACAUCAAUACCAGCGGCGGGAGGUGCGCGAGCCUCACCCCGGACCCUCAGGUCAUCGGGGUCGGGGUCUUCCUGUGCCUCUUCAUCCUGGUGGCCAUCGUGGGCAACAUCCUGGUCAUCCUGUCGGUGCUGUGCAACAGGCACCUGCAGACGGUGACCAACUUCUUCAUCGUGAACCUGGCCAUCGCGGACCUGCUGCUCAGCAUCAUCGUGCUGCCCUUCUCCGCCUCCCUCGAGGUGCUCGGCUGCUGGGUCUUCGGACGCAUCUUCUGCAACAUCUGGGCGGCGGUGGACGUGCUCUGCUGCACCGCCUCCAUCAUGAGCCUGUGCGUCAUCUCCAUAGACAGGUACAUCGGCGUCAAGUUCUGCCUCAAGUACCCCGCCAUCAUGACGGAGAGGAAAGCCGCGGUCAUCCUGGUCGUGGUGUGGCUCUCCUCCAUGGUCAUCUCCAUCGGGCCCCUUCUGGGCUGGAAGGAGCCGCCGCCUUCCGACGAGAGCAUCUGCAGGAUCACGGAGGAGCCCGGCUACGCGCUCUUCUCCUCGCUCUUCUCCUUCUACCUCCCGCUGCUCGUCAUCCUCGUCAUGUACUUCAGGGUCUACGUGGUGGCCAGGAGGACCACGCGCAGCCUCGAGGCGGGCGUCAAGCGCGAGCGCAACAAGUCCACGGAGGUGGUGCUGCGCAUCCACUGCCGGAGCGCGCCCGAGGACGCGGGGGCGAGCGGCAAGGGCAAGGGCCACCCGUUCAGGAGCUCGCUGUCCGUGCGCUUGAUGAAGUUCUCGCGGGAGAAGAAGGCCGCCAAGACGCUGGCCAUCGUGGUCGGCGUCUUCGUGCUCUGCUGGAUGCCCUUCUUCUUCGUGCUGCCCCUGGGCUCUUUCUUCCCAGCUCUGAAGCCCUCUGAAAUGGUCUUCAAGGUGAUCUUCUGGCUUGGCUACUUCAACAGCUGCAUCAACCCCAUCAUCUACCCGUGCUCCAGCAAGGAGUUCCAACGCGCCUUCACCCGCCUCCUCAGGUGCCAGUGUCACCGGCGCAAGAGAGCGCUGCGCAGGUUCUACGACCAACGGUGGCGCACGGCCAUCAGGGGCUCGGGCCAGGAUGGCUGCGGGGACUACAGGCCGGGCCUCUCCUUCCACGGCUCCUGUGGCAGCUCCCUCCUAUGUGAGGAGAAGGGGAGGACCUUCAGCUUGAAGGGGUGGAGCCUGUUCCCCCCGCUGCAGAAGUCCUCCUUCCAGCUCAAGGAGAAAAUGAACAGCCUCUCGAACCGGAUCAAGAAUGGGCCGACCAAGGGUGCCCCGCCGUCGUUGGGCCGCGUUGAGGUCGACACGGUUUCCAUGGGAAUUUACGCCGACUGUUCGAACCAGUGCAACUACCAGAUGUAUGAUCUGACAGAAUGCUACAGCCUUAAGGAGACUGACAUUUAGAUCCACUGAGGCUGCUAGAUUACAAUCAAUCCGAGCCUUUUGUGAACAAUAAAAAACUAUCAAGACGUUGAGAGACGCCUGUAUGAGUUGAGAGGAAUAUUUUGCCAUGUCUAGAUAUUGCCACUUCUAUCCAAGCACAAAACGGGCUAGAACCCGAUUCUGAAUUUUAUGGAGCAUUUUAUUAUUUUUAUUGCUUUCAUCCAUGGUGGACAUUUCAUGUUUUUGACGGUGUUCCUGGUCACGGACACACAGAAUUCGAGACAAGUCACGUGCUGACAGUUAUUGCCUGAUAAAGGUCAGCCACUGAACCCUUAUUGACGCAGAGGGUCAAGGUCUUUGGUCGUCAGCUCUACUGGCCCUCAGGUAUCUCCCAAUGAGUGGUGCAGCACCUCCAUAUUUUGCCAAGCUCCGUUUUUAUACUCUUUGUUUGUUUAAAAAUUACAUGGAAAUGAGAUCAGUGAGACCCAUCAAAAACGUGAGCAAAUGACAAGUUCAGAUAGAUGUGAAUGUAUUUAAUUAAAUUUAAGAGCCACAGUAGGAAAUAUGGUGCCUGAAAGCUUAAAGAAGCCAUUUUUUGUCUAUAAAGUCCAGACCUGAAUUUGUGAUCUGUGUCAUUCAUAUUCAAAUGAACAUUUUUUGGUCAGCACUCUUUGACUGGAGUUCAGGGUAAAGCCAAAAAUCAUGGUAUACAUGACAUUAUCAUAAAUUACCCUGAAGACAUAGAGGCCAUUCUCAUAUUUAACUUAAACUAGAAGGCAAUUAAAAAGCAUCGAGUCAAAUUCUGUUGUCAGAGUGGUUUGCUUAGGGUUCGAGAGGCUCUGGUGAUGUGAACCCCCCCAUGAUCAAUGGUUGUGCAAAAAAUACACUGCAUCCUCCCCAUCAGCAUUAGUUUCAGUGCUGAAUACUUUGAAUAAGACGACUUCUUGAAGUUAGCAGAGCAAGGCAAGACUUUCGUGUAUUUUCAGUGUUCACCCGAGAGCACCUUACAGCCACACAUUCUCAACAAACUUCAGAGAGGAAGUGUGUUCAAAGUGUGCCGCAUCGUGCAUCAAGUACCUACCUUCCGCCGACAGAUGUCACUGGCAUGUUUGUUAUUAUUUUUGUAAUUCUGCUUAAUCCAAAAAUACACAGCUAAUUUUCUCUCCACUUCCAGGAGAUGCUCCCCAUGCUUGCUAUUGCUGUACCCGUUGCAUGCUCCCAGAGCACCGUGCGUACACAUGACAUGGUACGCAGAGCCCGUCAGCUGUCGUGUUUUUAUAAAACGUUCAAACAGGAUACGUUGAGUGUUUGUGCCGAGUGAUAAACAGGUUUUAGCCACAGCCGGUGGGGGUGGGUUGGUGUCCAUCUGCCAAAAGGAAAUCUCGGUGGAUCAAGUAUUAGAAACACAGCGUGCGAGACUGGCUUCGAACUUUGUU